CUAUUAAAUCCAUAUUUCAAGUUUAUAUUGCAAUUAGUAAAUAAAUGUAAAAGUUAUUCUUAUAAAAAAAGUUUUUCUAUACAAUUUAUUGAUUGCUAAGUAUGGUGUUUAUAACUGAAGAUCUAGUUCGAAAGCGAGCUGAGCACAAUAACUGUGAGCUAUCUACUUUGGAAGAGGUAUCUUUGCAUCAGCUCGACAUUGAAAAGAUUGAGUAUUUGGACAAAUGGUGUAGAGAAAUAAGAAUUUUAUAUUUGCAGUCAAAUUUAAUAAUGAAAAUUGAGAAUUUAUCUCGAUUAAAAAAGUUAGAAUAUUUAAAUUUGGCCCUCAAUAACAUUACGCUAAUCGAAAACCUAAAUUACUGUGAGUCUUUGGCAAAACUUGACCUUACUGUGAACUUUAUUGGAAAGGUCACUUCAGUAGAAAAUUUAAAAUAUAAUGGUUUUUUAACAUGUCUGUAUUUGACAGGCAACCCUUGCACAGAUUUUAUUGAGUAUAGAAAUUAUGUUAUAGCAACGCUGCCCCAGCUAACUCAUCUGGAUGGACAAGAAAUUUCUAAAAAAGAGAGAAUAUUAGCAAUGCAAAAUAUUAUUGAGUUAAGAUGUGACAUGUUGCGACAAGAGAAAACAUAUUUUGAGAAGAAAGAAAAAGAAAAUUUGGAUAUAUUAAAGGAAGCGGUCUCUCAUCAGUCAGAUUCAUCAAAUAAAACGACAGAUAAGGGUGAUUUUUGGUCUAAACCUUGCAAGUACACACCAGAAAGUCGUCUUGAAACUCACAAAUAUUUGGAAGAACAGAAAAAAGCCAAAGAAAAUGAAAAAUGUAAAUUUGGUAAUUUAGAAGUACCUAAGAGAUUAUUACGUUAUUUUAAUGAUGAAGGGAAACCACUAAAUAUUAAUCAGCCACAGAUCUCUUUUAAAUUAGAGGAUGACGAAGAAAAUGCACAAUAUAUCCUCGACGUGGGUUGUUAUAAGCAUUUGGACCCAUCACUUAUUGACAUAGAUUUACAGCCUUCUUAUGUCCGCAUAACCUUAAAAGGCAAAGUGUUUCAGUUGGUUUUUGAUGAAGAAGUAAGUCCAGAUAGAUCUUCUGCGAAGCGGUCUAAAGUUACGGGAAGUCUUGUGUUGACUCUUGCAAAAGCUAAAGCUCUUAUCCGGUGUAAAAAAAAAGAGCCUGUAAUGCCAUCAACUGUUUAUUCUUCUAAUGUUAGCGAAAACAAAAAGCAUAAAAAGUUGGAGGUCGAAAAAAAAACACUUGAUAUCUACAAUAUUUGUGUUAAUGAAAACGACAAAACCUCAGAAGUUAAAUUUCGGAAAAAGCCUCCAAAUCAAAAAUAUCUCAAAGCACUUGAAAAUUUUACUGAUGAUAUAAGCGUACCACCUUUAGAAUAGAAAAUAUCCCUAAUUAUUUCAAAGCAACACGAUAAUUGCAACUAAAAUGCUUUAAAUAUAUAAAGUUAGUAUAAGGAAAUAACGAAAUCAAAAAAAAAAAUUUAUAUAGAAAAAACGGCAAAAAGUUAUUUUCAUAUAUUUUUGUAAAUUAUGUUAAUAUAAUUUGUUAAAAACCAUGUUAUAUAUCUUUGAUCUCCAAUUAUUUUUAAGUAAUGUCAGUUUUAUUUUUGGUUAUGUAUAUUAUAAAUUUAUUAUUAAAACUUACACUCGAGUCGGCCUU